UGGAUGUCUGUUGAGAACCGGAAACACCGCAGUAUCUAGCGCAAGAAAUGACGUAGGAAAUGGCGCAGCGUAAGUGAAAUGUGCAGUGCGUCGCGUGAUAAUGACGUCGAAAGUUUAACACACACGAGGGCAGUUUCUCGAGCAUUUUCCGCCGUCAUGGGGAAGCAGAAGAAACAGAGAAAAUAUGCUACCAUGAAGAGAAUGAUCAGUUUGAAGGAUGCGAGGCUAAAAGAAAAGGACAGAGCAAAAACGCAAAAGAAGAAGAAAGAAGAUCCAUCAGCCAUUAAAGAACAAGAAGUAGCAAAGUAUCCAUCGUGUCUGUUCUUUCAAUACAACACCCAGCUCGGACCUCCGUAUUACAUCCUUGUUGAUACCAACUUUAUCAACUUUUCUAUUAAGGCCAAAUUAGAUAUGGUCCAGGCAAUGAUGGACUGUCUCUAUGCUAAAUGUGUCCCCUGCAUCACAGACUGUGUGAUGGCUGAGCUUGAGAAAUUAGGGAUGAAGUUUCGAGUGGCUUUGCGGAUUGCCAAAGAUCCCCGCUUUGAACGCUUGCCUUGCUCACAUAAAGGAACGUAUGCUGAUGACUGCUUGGUACAAAGAGUAACGCAGCACAAGUGUUACAUUGUGGCCACAGUGGACAGGGACCUAAAAAGAAGGACGAAGAUCCCAGGAGUCCCAAUCAUGUACCUCUCCAAUCACAGGUAUAACAUUGAGAGAAUGCCCGACGAUUAUGGCGCACCACGGCUGUAGUACACAGAAGGGUAUUUUUUUUGUGUGUGUGUAUCUUGUUUGAGAGGAGGUUGUUUUUUUGCAUUGCUAUUCUCCCACCUUCUGCCUUUUUAAAAGAUUUUCCCUGUGAAAUGUAUUCAUUACUCCUCCAUGGUCUUUGGCAGCCCAGUGCACAGAACAUUGAUAUAAAUUAAAAUGUGUGGAAAAAAAUAAGAAAAUUAUCUGCAACAAAUAAAAAUGAUUAACCCAAAAUAUGAGUUCAAACUUCAGUGAUCUAAGACCCCCUAUUCUUAUUAAUUAAUUGGCACAAACCUCUCAAUUUUGUACACAUGGAGUGAUUCUGAGCAGACCUGCUUCAUUUCAUGAAUUUCUGAUGCUUGGGAACAAUGGUGUGCAGUGGUGUUUUGAAAUGAGCAGGCAAUGUCCUGACAUUUUUUUUUUUUUUUUGUUAAUAUACUGUAUCAAAUGUAAAUGUAUGUCCAUUAUUCUUAAUUUUCCUGGUUAAUUAAACAUUACAUAAAAAGAGACCAAA